UAGAAGUCUGUGUUAUCGGCCUCCAAAAUGAGAAGUUGAUGAUUUGGUCAGUGUCAGUUUGUCAAGUUUCGUUGAAAAACAUCGAAAUUUCUGCCUAGAAAAUGGAGUCGCAACCAUCUAAAUCUGAUAUAGAAUCAGUUUUUCACAGACUAAGAGCAAUUCCAGCGAAUAAGCAAUGUUUUGAUUGUUAUGCCAAAAAUCCUUCAUGGUCAAGUGUCACAUAUGGUGUUUUUAUUUGUCUGGACUGUUCUGCAGUGCAUCGUAGCCUAGGGGUACAUUUAACCUUUGUACGAUCCACACUGCUUGACACAAACUGGACAUGGGUACAAUUGCGUCAAAUGCAACUUGGGGGGAACAGCAAUGCUCAACAAUUUUUCCAACAACACAAUUGUGAGACCUCUGAUGCUCAGAAAAAAUACAAUUCCAGGGCUGCUCAGCUGUACAAAGAAAAAUUAAGUCAUGCAGCUUUGCAUUCCUUGAAAACCAACAAAGAUCUUCAUAUACACCCAAACUAUGAGGAAAAAAAUGAUAAUGCAGAAAAAGAGAUAGAUUUUUUCAGUGAACAUGAAAAAUUUAUCUCUCCUGAAAUGCCAGACUUGCCUGAACAGCAUUUGAGUAAGCCGACGACACAGAACCCUCCUUUGAACCCCGGCGAGGGCCCAAAAGUGGAUUUCGGCGGAACGGGCUCGGAGCCGAGAAAAUCGACGAUAACUGCGCGGAAAGCUCCGGCGAAAAAGUCUGGGCUGGGCGCGAAAAAAUCCGGAUUGGGCGCCACUAAAGUGAAAACGAACUUUGCCGAUUUGGAGCGCGAGGCGGAAAUGGCCGAGCAAUCGCGGCUUCGUGCGCGGGAAGAAUCGGCCCUUAGCGCCGAGUUGUCGGCCAAAGAGCAGGAGGAACGGGACGCGGCGGUCCGAUUGGCUUACAAAGAUUUGAGCAAGGAGGUGCACAAAAGGGAGGUUGAGAUGAGGAAACAGGACCCCAAAAAAGCUGACCAAGCUGAAAGGCUCGGCAUGGGAAACAGUUCAAGAGCCGGAGUGAGUCAUUCCGCGCUGAGCGACAUGCACAUGAUCCAGCAGGAGCAGGAACCAAGAACGUUGAGUUCCUUGGGAAAACUGCGAGUUUUGGACAACGACACUUUCUUCGACGACUGCGGCGGCUUCUCGUCAAUGUACAUGAACCCGCCCUCCGCCUCUUCCAACGACACCUUUGACUUGCUCAACAAGAUUUCCAACUUGGAAAAGACCAAGCAAAAACUGGAAUCCGCAAUAAACCAAAAAGAAAAGGACAGCUGGGUGAUCGUCGACGAUCCCCCGGAAAAACCAUCUUCGUCUUCAAACUACACCAAAUCUUAUGACAAACCAAAAGUGGUGGACAAGUCGCCUAUGGGCGGAGGCGGCGAGACGGCUCAAAGGAAAUUUGGCAACGCCAAAGCCAUCUCUUCAGAACAGUAUUUCAACAAUCAGGAGACCGAUUACGAAACAAAAGCAAACUUGAACAGGUUCCAGGGCUCAUCCAGCAUUUCUUCGGCCGAUUUCUUCGGAAAUGGCAACGAAUCGUCACAGUCGCAAAGCUACAGCAACAAUCUGCAGCAGUACGAUCUGGAUGAUGUAAAGGAAAGUGUGAGGCAAGGAGUGACAAAAGUUGCAGGAAAAAUUGGUUCCCUUGCCAACGGUUUUAUGUCCUCACUGCAGGAUCGCUACGGCUAUUAGCACUUGUUUUUUAUAACUUCCUUUCUUCUUCUGUUUUGGUGGCACAUUUUGACACUCGUUAAAAACUAGCAAACUAUUUAAAAUGUGUGCCUUCUCAAUUACCAACAACAAAGCAACAAUAUGGACUACUUGCUACUUUAUUAAUUAAUGAAUUGUUUAUUAUAUUGAGGGAAACAGUUUGUGAAUAUGGUAGUUUCUAGAUUUUAAGGAAAUAUAUUUAUAUUAAACUCAUAUUAUGAAUUAAUUAAUGUAACAUACAACCUUCCUAGUUAUAAGUAUUGUUGUUAUUCAAUAUCUUUUAUAAAAGUCUAACAAUGCAUCUGUACAACAAAGCACAUAAUGUAUUUUUAAAAUCCCUUACAUAUUUUUGCCUACGUUUUUUUGCAAUUUAAAAUGGUACGCCAGGACUUAAUCCAAAAAAUGUGUAACGUAAUUUUAAAAAAGUUUACUUUAUACAAUUUGGCUCUGGGGUACAGAUAUUUAUAUUAUUUUCUGUAUCACUUUUAUUGUAAAUAUACACUAUAAGCUAUGUA